CACGAUCUCGACUGUAGAUCACUGCCUCUUCAUAGAAGCUAGACGGAGCUGUCAGUGACCGGAAGAGAGGAUGCAUGAGAUUGUCACGCUUCAGUUGGGACAGCGGGCGAACUACCUGGCUACGCAUUUCUGGAAUCUGCAGGAAUCGUAUUUCACAUACAACGAGGGGGAAGAAUCCCCAAUUGACCACGAUGUUCACUUCCGUCCAGGGAUUGGAGCAGAUGGAUCAGAGACAUAUACUCCCAGGAAUGUCAUUUAUGAUCUGAAGGGUGCUUUUGGUACUCUCCGCAAGUCUAACGCACUUUACGAGCUGAGUGCGGAUUUCGAUCCUGGACAAGGUCUGUGGGAUGGAAAAGAAAUCCUGCAGCAGCAAACACCCAUUCCGCAAAGUGAUUAUCAAAAAAGCCUAGAUGCAGGACUUCCUGCCCCAACACUUACAUCUGAAACUGUUCGCUACUGGUCUGACUAUAAUCGGGUCUUUUACCACCCCCGAUCUAUAGUUCAGUUGAAUGAUUAUGAAUUGAACUCCCAGACGAUGCCCUUUGAGAACUGGGAUGCGGGAGAAGAAUUGUUUAAUGAUCUCGACAAGGAGCAUGAUCUGUUAGACAGAGAUGUCAGGCCAUUUGCAGAGGAGUGCGACCAAUUGCGUGCUCUGCAGGUGUUCACCGGGUCAGAUGACGCUUGGGGUGGAUUUGCCGGUCGGUACAUAGACAGACUCAGAGACGAGUACGGGAAAAAGAGUAUCUGGGUGUGGGCUAUCGAAGGCGGUGGUAAGGUCUCAAGGCAAGCUCAGUUUAAACGAGACAUGAACAAGGCACGAUCCAUCCACACAAUCUCCCCUCAAUCGUCCUUUUAUACACCAAUCAUUGAUCCCCCCAGUCGACUACCAGCCAACUUCAAUGUUGAUGCUCGUUCUGAAUGGUAUACCUCAGCUUUAAUCAGUUCUGCUGUCGAGACGGUGACUCUCCCAUCUCGUCUCCGCCCAUACCACGAUUUCGAGGCUUCAUUGGCAGGAGAUGAUGGUAUCCACAAAAUAUUCGAGCUGCAGUCUAGCAUUUCUGGUGACGAAGAGAUCCACGCGAAGGGUACCAAUCGGGGCGAAGAUACGGGGGAUGGUUCCUCCAAGGUGACAACCAAGUUCGAUUUGGACUUCACCUAUGACGAGUCAAGCAGCAACGAGGCGCAUAUUUUCAACCAAAUGCAAGUCUCGCGUGGGUUUGAGCCAGAGCAAAAGGAUGACUCUGCCUCCCAUGAGGAUUUGGGGCUUUCCCGCAAACUACGGCUCUUCAAUUCCGAGCCAAUGCACCAACGAUUCCAUACAUCUCUACGAUUUCCUAUCUUGGACAGCUUCCCUGGGAACAUGCUCCCUAUUUCGAACCCCGAUGCAGGUGCUAAGGUGCUGGCCGCUCUAACAGCGUCGUCACGAACCGCGGAACGGAUCAAGACGAUGCAGGCAGUUGCAGGACGGAUGAUUGGGGUUGAUGAGCGAGAGAAUUUGGUGAAUGGACUGGGAGAGAUCCGCGAAUCAUAUGAAACAGGAUGGGCAAGUGACUCCGAUUAUGAUGAUGAUUGAAUGCAGCUAUUCUUUUAGCGAAAAAGAAAUGGAAAAUUAACGAUAGCCUUGGAAUAUCAUAAGGUAUUCCGUACUUAUAUGCGAUUUCCCUGGCUAACAAAGAAAUCCGUUUGAUAGAAAAUAUGGAUGUCUAUCAAUUCAAAGUAUACUAUUCAAUGCAACAAUUGCCCUAUGUCAAUUCACUGAUAGAAGUGGGAUAUAAAAAAGAGUAUCCCUCUUACUGAACUUGUCUUCCGAUACAUACUCCUACCAUCAUCGCCCAUAACAUAGUACCCUUUUUCAUAUAUAUAUAUAUACAAGUUUCCCUUUUUCU